CACUGUACGUAUUUGGAGUGCUGGCAGUGAAAACAUAGAUCUACGUUUAGACAGUUAACGGGUUAACAUAAUGUGUUAGGUUAAUUAACUGUGGUAUAAUCUCCAGGAUCCUUAACAAGCCUCAUGAGCAUGGCGUCCAGUACUGCCAGGAUGGUGGCACCCAACCAAGGCAGAGGCAGACGCCUGGCACCCAAGUUCUCUAUGACACCAUCAGUCAGCAUGGCACCUCUGAUGACACCCACUGUGGCAGCACCCGAGGCCAAGGCACCCUCCUCCGAGGCGUGCCUGCUGCCUUCAGCACCACUGACAGAUCAGUGGGAUAACCAGUCUAGUAGACUCCUAAUAAAUCUCCUCAAGGAAUACCCAAAGGCUUACUUCAUUAAAAGUCGAAAAGAGAAGAGGGCAGAUGCAUGGGAGAUGAUUCGAACUAGGCUUAUUGAAGCUGGCUUCCAGUUCACUGUGUUGCAGCGGUACAGUAACUCGCAAGCUUGUCCUGGUGCCAGUAAAAGACAAAGAAAGGAAGUAACCAUGGAUAAGGACUUGAAACCUUAA